AUGAAUGUCAUCGUUGCCUGCGCGGCGGUCGCUUGGGCCAUGGUGGUCUACUACCAAACUUCCACCUCUGAUCAGUCCAGCGACUUGGCACACCUCGGUUCAGUGACGUCGACGACAGCGAAGGUGUGGUUGUUCUCGACCUCGGCAACCGAAGCAAGGGUGUCGUACACGUCCGAGCUCAACGUCACGAGUGAAGUGGUGGCUGACUUCCGCAAGGACGAUGCGACACUGACCAUCGCGUUGCGUGAUCUCUCGCCGGGCACGCGAUACGUCGUCGCUAUUGUACUUGUGGACAACGCCACCAACCACACGAUACCCGCGAAGACUUUGUCGUUGAAGACACUUGCAGCGACCAUGUCCACCGUUCGAUUUGCAUUCGGUUCGUGUACCAUGGCGGUGCCGUUGCUGUACCCCUUUACAGGCUUUAGUGGCAAUCUCGACUACAUUGCGACCUCGCUGCAGCCCGACUUUAUGCUUCUUUUGGGCGAUCAAGUGUAUGCCGACAUCGACUUCUUGGCGCAAGAUGAUACCGAGCACUUGUACAGGGCCACCGUGCACGACCACGCAUACGAUACCAUGGGACGCACCACACCCAUCUUUAGCAUCUACGACGACCACGAGAUUCGCAACAAUUGGAACGAAGGGCAAUAUGACGACCGAUUGUACCUCGAUCGCAUUCGGUACUACGACCGAUUCUUUGGCGAUCGCAACCCCGACCCUAUCGUACCUGGCGAGCACUAUUACACGUGGACUACGGGCGUGGCUACGUUUUUCAUGCUCGAUGUGCGCAAGCAUGCGUCGCCGAAAGAUUGGCCAGAUGGCCCGCACAAGACCAAAUUGGGUCCUACGCAGAAGCAGCACCUGCUGCAGUGGCUCGUAACGUCCACUGAACCGUUCAAGGUGGUUGUGUCGUCGAUGGUUGUGACUGAUAUGGGCAUGCAAGCCACGGACGAAGGGUGGGCUUUGUAUGGCACAGAGUACCGCCAAGUGUUUGACUUUGUCAAUGAACACAACGUGUCGGGGGUGGUGCUGCUGUCGGGCGACUUGCAUUUUGCAGGCGUGUGGCAGCAUUCACCGUACGAUUUUCUCUUCGAAGUCGGAGCGUCGCCGAUCUCGGCGUUUCCAGUGAUCCCAUCAAAGGCGGCGGAGGCAUCGACCCAUAAAACGCUCUUUCAAAGCUGGACGGGUCUGCAUUUCGGCCACAUCACGAUCGUCGACAACGCAGGGGAUGCAGGGCUGUAUCCUGCCAUGGACAUUGCCGUGUACAGAAGUCGGCUUGGACAGCCCGUGCCUGCGUUUUCGAUGCGGCUGAACUGGGAAGACACGAUUCCAAUCAAACACAACAGAACCUAACGCCUAGCAUUCGAUGUUACCCCACCUCCAUCGAAUAUCCACAUAUUGGUAAGCGUAGUAGUAAGCAUGAACAAUGAC